CAACGCUCAGGCUUGUGUGAGUUUAUCAUCAGUUUUACAAUCCUCAAACUCUGUCCUGAGAGAGCUGGACCUGAGUAACAAUGAUGUGAAGCAUUCUGGAGUGAAACUUCUUACUGAUGGACUGAAAAGUCCAGACUGUCAGCUGGAGAUGCUGAGGCUAUGUGGAUGUAAUCUCACUGCUCAGUCCUGUGGAAGUCUGUCUUCAGCUUUACAAUCCUCCAGCUCAAACAUCCUGAGAGAGCUGGACCUGAGUAACAAUGACCUGCAGGAUUCUGGAGUGAAGCUUCUUUCUGAUGGACUGAAGAGUCCAAACUGUCAGCUGGAAAUACUGAGAUUGUCUGGCUGUAUGGUGACAGAGAAAGGCUGUCGUUAUGUGUUUUCAGCUCUGAGUUCAAACCCCUCACACCUGACAGAGCUGGAUCUGAGCUACAAUCACCCAGGAGAUUCAGGAGUCAAACUACUCACUGAAAAACUGUUGGAUUCAACCUGCUCACUGGACAAACUCAAGUAUGUCUACCAGGAACAUUUUAGACUUUUCUAUUUCAACUCCUCA